AUGGGGCGUAGCAUAACAGACCUGCUGCCUGUUGCAGUGGGAAAACUCCACCCAUUGGCGAGGGUCGGUGAGCUUCUGAACCUGUCCUUCGUGUGGGUUGUGACAGUUGCCGGGCUGGUAUUUCUGCUAGGGGUAGUAUUGAUAUUGAUAUUCGACACCACGGACGUCCCACACAUUAAACAUCUGCCCUCCGUACCUGGACUUCCUGUACUUGGAAAUUUGGCCCAAUUAGGGAGCGAACAACCCCGACGACUGGCGGAAUUGUCCAAGAAGUAUGGCCCGGUGUUCCAGAUCAGGUUGGGAAACAAGAGGUUCGUUGUUGCAAACAGCUUCGAUUCCGUCCGGCAACUCUGGGUCAGUAACCAGUCAAGCCUCAUAUCUCGGCCGACAUUGCACACCUUUCACAAUGUGCUAUCUUCGUCGCAAGGAUUCACCAUUGGCACGUCCCCGUGGGAUGAAUCUUGCAAGAGACGACGCAAAGCGGCCGCCACUGCACUGAACAGACCGUCCGUUGUGUCUUACAUGCCAUUUGUCGACCUGGAAUCAUAUGCCAGCAUCAAAGAACUUGUGGACCAUAUCGAAGGAAGCAAGGAUCAAGUCGACCUCGACCCGUAUCCCCUCUUUCAACGGCUGGCACUCAACUUGAGCUUGACUCUCGGCUAUGGAUUUCGCAUUGGCGGCUCGGUUGACAACGAUCUCUUGCGAGAGAUUAUCAGUGUUGAACGUGGCAUCAGUACCCUCAGAAGCACCAGCAAUAAUUGGCAAGAUUUUGUUCCGCUGUUGAGAGUCUUCUCUACACGGUCGAACCAAGCAUCUGACCUUAGACACCGGCGAGAUGUCUACCUGGAAUACCUCUUGCAAAAAUUGAAGGAAAAGAUAGCCAAUGGCUCUAAGGUCUCAUGUAUCACUGGGAACAUCCUGCAGGAUCCUGAAUGCAAGCUAAAUCAUGCGGAGAUCAAAUCGAUCUGUGUAACGAUGAUCGCUGGAGGCCUAGAUACCACUCCGGCCUGCAUGCUGCUCGGCACUGCCAUACUCUCGGGAUCCCAGGGAGCCUCACUGCAGAAAAAGCUUCUCGACGACAUCAACAGCGUCUAUCCGGACGGAGACGCCUGGGGAAAGUGUCUCGUGGAAGAGAAGUGUACCUACGUGAUGGCAUUUUGCAAAGAAGUCCUUCGCUUCUGGACGGUCAUCCCUAUGUCUCUUCCACGGGUUAGCAUCAAGGAUGUCGUAUACCAAGGGGCAACAAUCCCUGCUGGCACAACGUUCCUUAUGAAUGCGUGGGCGGCCGACUACGACGCGGACCACUUCCAGUGCCCCGAAGAGUUCAGACCUGAACGUUUUCUAGACGUCGCGGAAGGCUCAGGGACCCAACACUUUGCCUUUGGGGCAGGCUCACGCAUGUGUACUGGCUCGCACUUGGCGUACAGGGAGAUGUACAUUACAUUUAUACGCAUGUUUAUUGCACUGGAAGUCUUGCCGGCCAAGGAUCCCACGCAGCGGCCGGUCUUGACGGGCCCUCUCGAGUGCAAUGCCAACCCUACAGGGUUGUCCAUAGAGCCGAAGCCUUUCAAGAUUGGUUUCCGCGUGCGUGAUGCGGAGCGCCUUCAAGGGUGGUUUGCGCAGACGGUGGAGGCUACCAGCCACAUUGAGAAAUGA